UAAAUUCCCAAAAUAAAAACGGGUCCAAAUUUAGUUUAUUUAUCCGUCACUCUCAAAGAAGUCUUGAGCAGAAAGGCAGUGCCGGUAAUCCUUCAUCGCUCGCAUCAGUGGGCAUCACAUAUUUGAGCAUCCCCGACAGGAGUACGAGUACACAUCGAGUUAUCCCGUAAAGCAGAGAAGAGUAACCUCAUCCCCUUCCUUCUUCAUCUCGAUUGUGGUCUACUCCUAUUCAGGCGCAUGGAUUUUGACUGAAAUAGUGCAAUUAGUCUGGCCUGUUUCAGUUGGGUCUGAUUUGGGAUGUUUUCUUUUGGACUGAAAUUUGUUGAUCUGGUCUGGUCAGUUGGAGUUUGGUACGCCCUUAACUGCACCGCUCCUAGCGAACGCAAAAGAAAGAAAUUAGAACAAAGACGGAGGCACAAGCGAGCUCUGCUACGAAGCGCGAACACCAAGCCAUCAGCCGCGCCGCGUUCCGCCGUCCGCGCCGCGCUUCCAGCCAUCCAGGGGACUGCGUCGUCGCCCACUCGGCCGUCCUUACUCUCUUAUUUUAACUCAAAAUGUCGAGAAGAUAUGAUAGCCGGACCACAAUCUUCUCCCCAGAAGGCCGUUUAUACCAGGUCGAAUAUGCAAUGGAGGCAAUUGGAAAUGCUGGAAGUGCCAUAGGCAUACUGUCCAAAGACGGAGUUGUUUUGGUUGGCGAAAAAAAGGUCACUUCCAAGCUUCUCCAGACCUCGACUUCCACAGAGAAGAUGUACAAGAUUGACGACCACCUGGCCUGUGCCGUUGCUGGAAUAAUGUCUGAUGCCAACAUCCUCAUCAACACAGCCAGGGUCCAGGCCCAGCGUUACACUUUUUCUUACCAAGAACCCAUGCCUGUCGAACAGCUUGUCCAGUCGCUCUGCGAUACCAAACAGGGUUACACCCAGUUUGGUGGUCUCCGUCCGUUUGGGGUUUCCUUCUUGUUUGCAGGCUGGGAUAAGAACUACGGCUUCCAAUUGUAUAUGAGUGACCCGAGUGGGAACUAUGGGGGCUGGAAGGCGGCUGCGAUUGGGGCAAACAACCAGGCAGCGCAGUCGAUGUUGAAGCAGGACUACAAGGAUGAGAUCACAAGGGAGGAGGCUGUUCAGCUUGCUCUUAAGGUGCUUAGCAAGACGAUGGAUAGCACUAGUCUUACCUCUGAGAAGCUUGAGCUGGCUGAGGUGUUCCUUUGUAAAGGUAAGGUUAAGUACCUCGUUCACUCACCCGAGUCGCUCGAUAAGUUGCUGGUGAAGCUUGGAUUGACCCAACCCACUCCGGAGACCUAAUUAACGCGCUUCUUGCUUGCUGCAUAAGACUUCUUGAAUCAGUCUGCUCUUUAUUUUAUUUCCAGAACAAACUUGUGUGUGUUUAGAAGUUACUUCAUAACUUGUGUGGGAUUUUUUUAUCGUCAUAUGUGGGAUUCUUGAUUCAAUCAGUAUUGCUGCUUUAUUUAAUCGGACGGCUCAUAUGUGGGAUCAUGAAGUUCGAUGAUGUUUUAGAACAUCACAGAUAAUUCUGCAGGUGCUGCUCAAAUAGUCA